AGAAAGAGAUGGAGACUCUGACCAGAGAGAAAGGAGUGAAUUCUUUCAAGAUGUUCAUGGCCUAUAAAGACAUGUUCAUGCUGCAAGACUCUGAGCUUUAUGCUGUGUUCUCCCAGUGUAAGGAGAUUGGAGCUAUAGCUCAGGUGCAUGCUGAGAAUGGAGACCUGAUUGCAGAGGGGGCUAGGAAGAUGCUGUCUUUGGGCAUUACGGGGCCUGAGGGCCAUGCACUGUGUCGGCCAGAGGAGGUAGAGGCUGAGGCCACCCAGAGAGCCAUCACCAUCGCGCACUCUGUCAACUGCCCGCUGUAUGUGGUCCACGUCAUGAGCAAAUCUGCUGCCAAGGUGGUGGCUAAUGCACGCAGAGAGGGCCGUGUGGUGUUUGGGGAGCCCAUUGCAGCCGCGCUGGGCACAGAUGGUACCCACCUUUGGGACAAAGACUGGGCCCAUGCUGCUGGCUUUGUCUUGAGUCCUCCCCUAAGACCUGAUCCUAGCACCCCUGAUUACCUUAUGGACCUGCUGGCCAAUGAUGAUCUCAGUGUGACAGGGACGGACAACUGCACUUUCUGUGUGUGCCAGAAGGCCCUGGGCAAAGACGAUUUCACCAAGAUCCCUAACGGGGUGAAUGGUGUGGAGGACAGGAUGUCUGUGAUCUGGGAGAAAGGAGUGCACAGCGGCAAAAUGGACGAGAAUCGAUUUGUAGCUGUCACCAGCAGCAGCGCAGCAAAAAUCUUCAACUUCUACCCGCAGAAAGGCUGUAUUGCCAAGAACUCAGAUGCUGACGUGGUAAUAUGGGACCCCAAGUUGACAAGGACAAUAUCAGCCAAGACCCACCACCAGGCUGUGGACUACAACAUCUUCGAGGGCAUGGAGUGCCACGGUGUCCCUGUCAUCACCAUCUCCAGAGGCAGCGUGGUCUAUGAGGAAGGACGGCUGAAUGUAUCACCAGGACAUGGCAGAUACAUCCACAGAAAGCCCUUCUCUGAGUUUGUUUACAAAAGAAUCAAACAAAGGGAUCAGGUGGGAAAACCUACAGCUGUGAUCAGACAGCCCUAUGAAGGCAAAGUCAGUUCCUGAGCAACUGACUCAGACCACGAGGGUACUGUGAAUCUCCAGCUGUGUCUCCAGCAUAGUCCAGAAGCUACUAAAACCAAAACAGCUAAAUGUUUUCUCACAGAUAAAGCUGUUCUGAGCGUUUUCACAUUUUUCACUUUAUACUGUUAGUCCAUUUCUGAAAAUCAUACAUUAUCAGU